GGCGGGUAAAACCAGCGGAUGGGGAGGAGGGGAGAUAUGCGCGUAAAGAAAAGACCGUACGUCACGUGACCGCCCCUUACUCCCAAACCCGUCAUUUGAGGAAUAACGUAAGAUAUUUCUGUCUAAGCAGCUGCAGAUCUGGCCGUUUCCUCCAUUGUGUUUUAAUGCAGAUUAAUCCAUAUAAUGCUAUUCAAACGAACGGAGGGAUUCUAAACUGACUAAACUGGAGUCUGGUUUUCAAGGCAGCUGAGAUCAAAGUCUGUGUGAUUGUGGAGGAAAAUACUGAAUAGUCAUCAUGGCAGAAAACAACUUCCCUCCCCUGCCUCGAUUCAUCCCCCUCAGGCCAUGUUUUUAUCAAGACUUCAAUGAGAUCCCAGACCAGCAUCGCACCAUGUGCAAAAGGCUCUACUACCUAUGGAUCUUGAAUAGCGCCACACUGGCUUUUAAUCUGAUUGGCUGUCUGGCGUGGAUGUGUGGAGGAGGUGGAGCGACCAACUUCGGCAUGGCCAUCCUGUGGCUCCUCCUCUUCACCCCCUGCUCCUACGUGUGCUGGUUCAGGCCCAUCUACAAGGCAUUCAAGACCGACAGCUCUUUCAACUUCAUGGCUUUCUUCUUCGUCUUCAUGGCGCAGGUGGUGAUCAGUAUUAUCCAGACUGUUGGCAUUCCAGGCUGGGGAGUGUGUGGCUGGCUGGCUACCAUUACCUUCUUCAACACCAACAUUGGGUCAGCUGUGGUGAUGCUGAUUCCCACCAUCAUGUUUACUGCGGUGGCUGUACUCUCCUUCAUCGCCCUGACAAAGGUUCAUAACUUCUACCGUGGCACUGGUGGCAGCAUGGGUAAGGCCCAGGAGGAGUGGGCCAGCGGGGCUUGGAAGAACCCCCACGUCCAGCAGGCGGCUCAGCAGGCGGCCAUGGGAGCCGCGCAGGGAGCCGUGCAGCAGAACCAAUACUCAGCAGCUCCCACCUACAACUACGACGAACCGAUGUAGGGCAGAGGAGGGGGCCGGGUUGCCGAGUGGGAGAGAUAAAAAGGGAUCAAUUAAGAACACAAUUCAGAAUUAGGUGCCCUUCAUUAUAACACUGUACACGCUGAAUUCAACCAGAAGUGUACUCUUAUUGAAUUCUGACAUACAUGGAGGUAAUAUUUAAGUCACUUCACAUUUAAAUCAACAGCCAGCUAUUAAGCUGGCUCUUUUUAUUUUAUCUCUUAUGCUGCUCAAUUUUAGCGGGUCAGUGUGUGUGUUGCUUUCCAACGGAGACACAUAAUAUAGCUAAAAACAAUCCCCUGAGCUUCAUCAGUUUAUUCAGGUCGGUUCACCUGUGGUCAUCAGAGGGACCUCUCUGCCUCUGCCUGAGUCACACUUUUAAAACUUCUUUUGAUUACAUUUAAUGUGUUUUUUCAUGUACUGUAGUAGCGAUAUUGUCAACAGUGAUUACUUUCAUUAGCCUUGAAUGUCACCAAAUGCUAAAAAUAUUUGCCACCCUUAGUUGAUGCAGCUGCUUAAUAUUCAGCUGACGUGUGUUGUCAAAGGGAUGGGUCAACAAAAUACACUUCUUUGCUUUCUAUGUCAAACGAGUCCAUUAAGUUUAGGGUACAGUAAAACUUUAAGUUAAUUAUUUAGGAGCAUAUCCUUUUGUUACCGGCCAAUUGUUGUCUUACUUUGUAUGUAAACUUUGUUACUUUUUUGUUGAAAAAGAAAAAGUUGAAUGAGGCCAAAAUCUUGACAACAGAAGUAGCAUUUCAAAAAAUAAAAAUAAUCGGAUUUAACAGGAAGAAAACUUGUCUCAAACAUAAUUUAAAUCAGAAGACAUUUGCUGGAAGCGAUAUCUAGCACAACAUGUAUCGAGCAGGUAUUUCCACAACUCUUAAUCUUAAUCUUUGAAAGAAUCAUGGAAAGUUCAUGCUUUGGUGACCUGGUUGUUGUUUUCUUCACUGAUGAGAAGUUGCAUCAGUGAACCUCUCAGUUAAAUUCGGCAUAUUUGUUACAUUCUCAGGAAAGAUGUGAUGGCUGAUUUUAAAUUCUACCAGUAAAGCCCUGAAAGUGUCAACAUGUCGGGCAUUUGUCUCCUUUUAAUCACCUUUAUUCAACCAUUCUGUUUGGUUUAGUCAUUAUGCAUUGGUUAUGUGUUUAGCGAGUUGGUUUCAGUGAAAUGAAUAAUCAUUACAUGUUAAAGUGAAGCACAUGCAGUAUUUAGGAUUUCAGUUCAUUGGAUAAAACAUUCCAAAUCAACGUUGUACAGGUUAAAAGUGAAAGAAAAACCAAAACACUUGCAGGUUGGACAUGCAGUAAAUAUUAAUAAUCAUUGUUGUAGGUGGUCAUCGCAUUGUAUGAAGUGAUGGAUAUUUUCACAACUUUGGCAAAUUCUCCCACUUACCCGUACAUGUAAAUGCUUAAUGACUACUUGUUCCUGAAGCUCUGGAUUUUAGGCCUUAGUGUGUCAUUUCGUGGCUGUUGGUGUUAUUCUGUGAGUAGGUGUGAUAUGAUAUUUAUAUAACAGAAAAUAUAAAAUCCAAGCCAAUCAUUUCUUUAUGAAGUGAAAUUGAAAGACAGAAUAUUUAUGUGUCGCCAGUCAGUCAGAGACAGUGUCAUAUUGAUAUCAGUGUCACUCAAGUCUUCUUUGGAAACGUCCUCAGUAGAUGGUUAUUACAGUAAUACAGUAUUAGACUUGAAACAGAAGUUAAGAUUCGUGUCCGAAUGCUCGUUACUUGAAAACCUGUGAGUCGUCUUGUCAGAUUGUGAUGAUGUGGUAUUCAAUAGCCUGUUGUUUCACUUUUUAGUUUGUUGUUUUUUGUACCAAUCUAUUAUUAGAUUGUGUCUGUUAUCUAUUAUAUUUUGUGUAUUUUGGACAAUGUGUGGAUGAGUUUGAAGCACAUGUCCUUCCAUGGCUGUGGGGAACAGAUUUUUUUUUUUUUUUUAAUAAAUCAAAAAAAUAAAUGGAUAAUGUUUUGCUCAGGGUUACCUGCUGACAUCAGUGCAAACUAAACAUACAUAUAUUAAACAGUAAUUAGGAUGAAGUGGGGUCCUGUUGUGCAGGCUUUAAAUAUAGACGUGAGUAGUAAGGACCAUAACAUAAAUUGCUGAUACUUGAAAAAUCGUUCUGUUUUCAAGUUGGACACCACUAGUAUAAUUUAACAAAUGCAUAACAUUUUCACCAGCAGAUGCACACAGUAGUUAUGUAUAACCCUGUAAACUGUAGCAUCCACACGCUCACCUGUUAGCAAAUGCACAACGUUUAGCUGAUCGGUUCUAUAAAUUAAGUGUGAAGUCUGCACAAAGAUGAACAGUUAUCAAUUAUUUAUAAUUAUUAUUAUUUUUGCCAUAUGUACAUACAGCACAUCUUAUGUGAUUAUGGGAACUACAGCUGUAUAGUUAACAUGCAGCAGGAGCUGCAGUGCAUAUUGGAUACAACUACUAAUACUCUGCAUUUCAUGCUGCUGUAUCAACGCUUCUGAAAGCCAUUUCCCAUGAACUCCCCCAUGUUCCCACAUGUACUGUAUGUUGUUUGAUAUGUAUUAUCAUGUACUAUAUCAUAACUAGAUAUAAAUAUAUGAUGACUUGAGGUGAGGUAAAUAUUUGCCAUGGAUAAACACAUUCAAUAGAAACAUGUUGUAAUUAGGUGAAUGAAAGGUUCGAGGAGGCUGUGUCUCCAUGAGUGAAGUAAAUGAGAAAUACAUUUUUGUGUAUUACUUUUGUAUUAUUUGGUCUUACCCUAAUAGAUAUUAAAAAGUUAUUGUUGCA